AUGCAAGUGGCAGUUCAAGCCAAUGUUGAGGCCAUCUGUGCUUUAACAAGCAAGGCCGAUGAAACACACUCCCACCUUGCCCAGCAAAGGAAGGUCAUGAAGAAGAUAUUGACUACUCUACAACAACCAAUCCCGACAGCUGAACUAUCAUUCACUGUUGAUGACCGUGAACAGCUACAUCCGGCACGUGAGGCCAAUGUUAUUAUGGCCUUUGGUCCUUCCGAUGCUGCUGCUGCUAUUCCAGCUACUAAAGCUGAGGCUGAAGCUUCUAUAGCUGAAGCUGAAGCUUCUAUAGCUGAAGCUGAAGCUGCUGCUGUUGUUGAUGACUCUCCAGCUUCCUAUGAAGUUCCCGUAGCUAAGGAUGUUGAUGUUGCCCGAACUGAAGCUCCUCACGAAGAUCCUCCAGUCACCUCUACAGCUGAUGGUGGUGAUCUAGAUGAUGAAUACAGUGAUGAUGAAGAUGACGAUGAGUCCCCCGACCUUCCUGACAUUGGCAAAGAUCUGGAUGAUGAUGACGAUGAAGACGACGAUGACGAUGACUUCACGAUUCAUUGUGGUGAGUUCGACUUACUGACUGAUGCUGAAAGACUCGAGGCCCUCAAGGCCGAUGAAGAACUGGAACUUCAAAGGAAGCAGACUGAAGACAGCUUAAAGCUGGCCAAGUCCCUUGCCGCCAAAAUUCUUUCCAAGAGAAAGUCCAAAAAGAAGGUGACUGCUGCCCAGGCCCAGGCUAAGCUCCUAUCUGUUGUAGAAGCUGAACGCAAGAACCUGAAACUGGCUGAGCGGGACGAGCGCUGGAGCGAAGCAAGCAUUAAUAAAAGGAUCAGUCCUCACCCAAUCAAGAGCGUCAACAUCAGUGGACGAUCAAAAGAUAGUGGGAUGCUUCUCUUCAUGCUCAUCCCCAGGGACAAUCUCUAG